AACCAGGUUGUACAGUGGUUAGAAUUCUGGGCCUGAAGUCAGGAGGAUACUUGCUACUUCUGUAAUCCUGGGCAAGUCACUUAACUUCUGCCCCAGUUUCCUCAACUGUAAAGUGAGAAUAAUAAUAGCACCUACCUUAAAGGGUUAUUGUGGGGAUAAAACCCUCCUUUCCUUUUAGAGAGGAAAAUUCAGUUGUCUGUGGCCACACAGGUUCAUAGAAGAACUGGAAUCUUUUAAACAUUGCUAAAUAUAAUCAGGUAUAAUAUUACGCACUCUCCCUCUCCUUGCACCUUACCCUGAUACAAAGGUUCCCAUCAGAUUUAGGAUAUUUUCUCUUCCCUGAGCUGUGUUGGUAGGUUGUCUAAAUGAUGAAUGAUGCCAGACUGGCACAAUCUGAUCAUCAGCGUCUCCCACUCGUUAAUUCAUUCUACAAAUCUUUAUAGAGCUCUCUGCUAUUCCCCAGAUGGCUGUCCUACUCAUAUCCAAAGGGCUCCUAAUUUUUCACCAUUCCAAAGGCCCAAUCAUGUCUUCUCUAUUGUAGCCACAAAAGGCAAAAAAGGGUUAGGGGAUCCCAUCCCCUCAGGCAGAGACCACACAGGUCUGACAUAUCCCAUAACUCCAACUGCUGUAUUCUUCCUACCAUCCAUCUCUGCAUGUGUCCAACACCCUCCCCUGCAUCCCCACUCCCAGCCCCUCCCUCACACACAAACACACACAAACAAACACAUUCCCCUAAGUUCCCUGCCUGUAGUCUGCCAGACAGAACCCAUUGCUCACACGCUGGCAAGAGGCCCAGCACUGGGCACCUGCCACUAAGGCCCUGUAGGCGUGUGUGUGUUUGUCUGUGACUGAUUGGGGUGGGAGGGAAACGGGAAUCCGGCAGCCCAGCUGGGCAGUGCCAUCUCCCGUAAACAAGGACAUGUGAUUCUCCCCAUCGCCCUGCCCGGCAGAGCCCACGAAAUGAGCUGGAGAAGGCUCUGUCGAUUAAGGAAGAGAGAAAAGAAAGGAAAGCAGAUCCCCGUGGUAAGGACAAGGGCUACUUUCUCUUUCUUGAGCAGGUCCUCUCUAGGACACAGCACAGGUGGCGAGGAGAGAGAGAAGCUGCUUCGGCUUUGCACAGGUGUGUCCACAGCCCAGCAGUAGCAGCAGCAGCAGCAGCAGCAGCUAACCUGCCCACGGAGUAGGUGUUGUCACCGCUCCUUGGAAUGUGUCCUGGCAACUGGCUCUGGGCUUCUAUGACGUUCAUGGCCCGGUUCUCCCGGGGUGGCUCCCGGUCACCUGCCCGGACUGGGGGGCACUUGGAGGACACAGCCCCCGUUCAACAUCCCCUCCUCAAUGUCUUUGAAUUGGAGAGGCUCCUUUUCACCGGCAAGACUGCCUGUAACCAUGCAGAUGAGGUCUGGCCAGGCCUCUACCUUGGAGACCAGGACAUAGCUGCCAACAGGCGAGAGCUGAGCCGGCUGGGUAUCACCCAUGUGCUCAAUGCCUCCCACAGUAAGUGGCGGGGAACACCUGAGGCUUAUGAAGGGCUGGGUAUCCGAUACCUGGGUGUGGAGGCCCACGAUUCACCUGCCUUUGACAUGAGCAUCCACUUCCAGCCAGCAGCUGAUUUCAUCCACCGAGCACUGAGCCGGCCAGGAGGGAAGAUCCUGGUGCAUUGUGCAGUAGGUGUGAGUCGCUCAGCUACCCUCGUCCUGGCCUACCUCAUGCUCUACCACCAGCUCACCCUUGUGGAAGCCAUUAAGACCGUCAAGGACCAUCGAGGCAUCAUCCCCAACAGGGGCUUUCUGAGACAACUCCUGGCCCUGGACCGCAGGCUGCGGCAGAGCCGGGAGGCAUGAAGUAUUUGGGAAGGGGCCUGGUGAGUGGGUGCCCAGCUCCCAACCAGAGAGCUGGGGAUUAGGAAAGCAGGAGGCCCAGAUAAACCAUGUUCCCCUCUGGGAGGGAGAGUGCUAGUGCUGAGCCCCAACUGGUUGUCCCCACUGGGGGCCAUAUGAAGGAGUUUUGUGCUGGGUGAGCUUAGAGAAGGAUUGACUCCAUCACACGCAAGCCAGGGUAAGAAAAGACCAAAGAAAGGUGAAUAGACCCAGAUGAGUCAGAAUUCUCUGGAUUCCAAUGCAGAAUCUGCCCAUGGCUCAAAAGGAAGUGGAUAAGCCCCUUCUCUUCUCUGUCCAAGGUCUCAUCUCCUCUGUCUGAUUUUAAAAUGGGAAGAAUGUCCUUGGAUCACUUCCACUCAGAGAUGUAGAGAGGAUGGGUAAUGGUAUAAUCAAAAGUGUGGGUAGCUCAGCUGAGAUCAGAAGGAAACACACCUAGGCUUGUAUGUAGGUAAUGGGGUUGUGUUGGGGUCUGACCCAGCAUUCAAGGGUACCACUCACAAUUGUAAAAUUGCAAUAAUGAACCAGUGGGGGUCUUGAGAAAGACACUCUCCACUAGAUAAGUGGAAGAAUAGCAGGAAGAAUAAAGAUGGAGAACAAAAAAUAGAGUCUCAUUAGAUCAUUGUCUCCCCAGGAAGCAGAAAGAGACCUGAACUUCUCUCCUCAGGAUCCUAAAUGAUCAUUACCCAUGCCAAAACCAUCUCCUGCUUUGGGUUGAGACACCAAGCCAACCAACUUCACUCCAAGGCAAAAAAACAAAACAAACAAACAAAAAACAAUGGCAUGUGAUUUUAGAGGAGAAAGAGAAAAAUCUGAUUUGUAACCAUUUGGUGGCCAGGGCAGGGAACAAAAGGAACAUAGGUUCAAGACUGAAGGCCAAAACCAGUAUGAAGCAAUAUUGUAAAGCAGACAAAGAUGUUUUCUCAACUUUCCAUUUCCCUAGGUGUCUAGCAUUCUCAUUCUGGUCCCUUCCAAUAACCAAGGAAGAAUUGGAAAGAGACCAAGGAAGAAUUAUAUAAUGGAAAGAGACAACUUGGCUUAGUAGACAAAAUAAUAAAUUCAUUUGAAUUCCCCUUCCUGCACUUGCUAACUGGGCAAGUCAUCUAAUCUCUCUGAAAAUUCAGUUUUCUCAUCUCUAAAAUGGGGAUAACAAUGAUUGUGAAGAUCAAGUGAGAUGCUAGCUUUAAAUUGAGUUGCAAACCUUAAGACAUCAUUUGGGCAACCUGGAAACUUGUCCCAACUCUGCCACUUUUCAUUACGUGACUGGUUUUAUUAUUUGACCCUUCUGGACUUUCCUUCUUUCACCUGCAAAAUGAGACAGCGAGACUAAAUGAUAACUGAAAUUUACCUAGCGCUUUGAAGUUUGCAAAGGGCUUUGUAGUAUGAUACGGUAAAUCCCCAAAAGUAAUGGCAUCUUAGACUCUAUUGAGAAGUAUAAUGUCCGGGACUAGAAAGACAAUAACUCAACCUAUUUAGAGCACACUGGAAACACUGUAUUCAGUUCUGGAGGCCACAUUUUAGAAAGGAUAUUGCCAAGUAAGAGAGCAUUCAGGGAAAAGCUAUAAUGAUAAAGUGUUCAAGAUCACAAUAUCAAAAGAUCAUUUGGAAGUAAUGGGGGUAUUUAGCUUAGAGAAGAGACAGUCUUCACAUUUGAAGGGCUGUCAUGUGAAAGAAGAAUUAGAUUUGUUCCUCUUGGUUCCAUAGAAUCAAUGAUUGUAAAUUACAAAGAAGUUAAUUUUAUCUCAAUGUAAAGGAAAACUUCUUCACAAUUAAAGCUGUACAAAAGUGGAA